AUGGCCCAAUUAGUGGUGGAUUUAGAAGCCUUAGCAUGCUUGAAGGCUGUCCAGUUUGCGUUGGAGAUUGGCCUCACUCGAGUUGUGUUUGAAGGAGAUUCUGCAAUCAUCAUUAACGCUCUUCUUCACGGUGCGAGUGCGAUGGCUAGUUUUGGCAACAUUUUGGAUGAUAUUCAUAUGCAUUCUGCUGUUUUUCAGUUUGUGGAAUUUGUUCAUGUUAGUCGUAAUUGUAAUUUUUUUGCUAAUGCUCUUGCUAAGAAAGCUAAGUCAGACGUUGUGGUUCAAGUUUGGCUGCAUGAUUUGCCAUCUGAUAUUGCCCCUUUAGUUUUGCGUGAUGUUCAUUGA